AUGUCGGGCUUUGAUGCGGGUCGUGUCUAUUCAACCCAGGCUAUAUCUCAACCUUUUGAGCGACAGCCUCCCAAUGCGCCGGCUCAAAAUGAGACGGCCCUGUUCGAGUUCAUCCAGAACUUUCGACUUGGGGCCGAGUACAUAUACCGUGACCGAUUGCGUUCCAACCUGCUCGUCAAGCAGUAUGUGCUCGAUGUGCAGUUGGAACAUGUGCAAAUGUGGAGUCCGGCGUUGGCGCAAGGGCUGCGAGAGACCCCAGCGGAGAUUUUGACGCUGUUUGAGGCAGCGGUGAAGCGUGCAGCCCGUUUAAUCCUCUACCCCGUUACAACUGGCGAAGAGAGGCCUGAGGCUCCCGACUGCCAGGUCACACUCCGUUCCACCGCCAACUUGAUGGCCAUGCGCGAUCUGCAUGCGGAGAACAUUUCGCGGCUGGUCCGCAUCCCUGGCAUUGUGAUUAGCGCGUCCGUGCCCUCCUCGCGUGUAACGCGGCUGCAUCUCAUGUGCCGUGACUGCCGCGCCGUCAAGACCAUUCUAGUGUCGUCUGGCUUUGGUGGGUUCGUGCUCCCUCGGCAGUGUGAUGCGCCGAAGGUGGACCCGAGUCUUCGGUGCAGUGUGGACCCCUAUGUCAUUCUCCACGAGCGCUGUGCGUUUGUGGAUGCGCAAACGAUCAAGCUGCAGGAGGCCCCUGAUAUGGUGCCGGUGGGUGAGCUGCCUCGGCACAUGCUUCUUUCUAUGGACCGCGCUCUGUGCGGCAAGGUAGUCCCGGGUGCGAGCAUUAUUGUCACGGGCAUUUUCUCUACCUUCACGUCUGGCCGCAGCGGCGCACAGCCGAAUGCCGUCGCGCUGCGCACGCCCUACUUGCGAGUGGUCGGCAUGGAGAUCGAUACGGGUGGCGCCGGCGGUCGUGGCGUGCCGCGCGUCUUUACCGCCGAAGAAGAGGACGAAUUUGGGCGCAUGUCCAAGACGCCGAACCUGUACGACAAGUUUGCGGCGAGUAUUGCCCCCAGCAUCUUUGGGAGCACCGAUAUCAAGAAAGCCAUCACAUGUCUGCUCUUUGGUGGCUCGAAGCGUGUGCUGCCGGAUGGCAUGCGGCUUCGUGGCGACAUCAAUGUCCUCCUGCUGGGUGACCCCGGUACGGCCAAGAGUCAGCUGCUCAAGUUCACGGAGAAGGUUGCGCCGAUUGCCGUGUACACGAGUGGUAAAGGCAGUAGUGCGGCGGGUCUGACCGCGUCGGUGCAGCGUGAUGCGAAUUCGCGCGAGUUUUACCUGGAAGGCGGCGCGAUGGUGCUGGCGGAUGGCGGUGUUGUCUGCAUCGACGAGUUUGACAAGAUGCGUGACGAGGACCGCGUGGCGAUCCACGAGGCCAUGGAGCAGCAGACGAUCUCGAUCGCCAAGGCUGGCAUCACGACGGUGCUCAACUGCCGCACGUCGGUGCUGGCAGCGGCCAACCCCGUGUGGGGCCGCUACGACGACCUGAAAUCGCCUGGCGAGAAUAUUGACUUCCAAACGACCAUUUUGAGCCGUUUCGACAUGAUCUUUAUUGUCAAGGACGAGCACAACGAGGCGCGGGAUCGGACCAUUGCGAAGCACGUCAUCGGAAUCCACAUGCAUGGCGCGUCGCAGCAGACAGAGGCAGAGGGCGAAAUUGAUCUACAGCGCAUGAAGCGGUACAUUGCCUAUUGCCGUGCGCGCUGUGCACCGGUGCUCACGCCCGAGGCGUCGGAGAAACUAUCGAGCCACUUUGUGGCCAUUCGCAAGCAGGUGGCGCAAGUGGAGAAGGACCACGACGAGCGCUCGGCCAUUGCGAUCACUGUGCGUCAACUGGAGGCGAUCAUCCGCAUGAGCGAGAGCAUUGCGAAGGUUACGAUGAGCCCCUACGCUACGGAGGAACAUGUGGACGAGGCGAUCCGCCUGUUCCGUUUCAGUACGAUGAACGCCGUGGAGAGCGGCAACGUCGAGGGCAUGACGCGUGGCGAGCUGCAAGAGGAGGUGCAGAAGCUGGAGCGCGAGCUGCGCCGCCGCCUGCCGAUCGGCUGGAGCACCACGUACCAGCGCCUGCGCGACGAAUUCUGUACCAAACAGCAGUACACGCAGCAUGCGCUGGAGCGCGCGCUCUUUAUUCUCGAGAAGCGCGAUGUGCUGCGCUUCACAAACCAGCGCAAGUCUGUGACGCGCACGGGCGUGUAG